GUAGUUAGAACGCAGUGCAUUGUGGGACGUGGGCUGACGGUGAAGUCAAGAUGGCUGUGAACCUCAGGCAGGGUAAAGAACCUGCUGUAGGAAGGCCGUGAAUGAAGUUUUGAAUAGAAAAUCCUUCGUCGCUGCCGGUUCAUACUGAAACCAUCGUGCUGUUGAAGUUGUAAUCAACCUGUGAAGGACUUGAUACAUUCACAAACAGCAACAGAAUAACAAACAACUGAGGAUAAAGUCUCGUAUGAAUUCCGACGAGAAGGAGGACUGUGAGUGUGCGCCACCACAGGCCGAGACUAGCCCCGCAGGAGGACUCGAUAGAGACUACGAGGAGCCUGAAGUAGAAAACCCAGAAGCAAGCCGAAUGAAGCGAGCAGCUGCCAAACAUCUAAUAGAGCGCUACUACCACCAGUUAACAGAGGGCUGUGGGAAUGAGUCGUGCUCCAACUCAUGGUGUGCCUCAUCAGUCGGCUUCAGCCGCAUGGAUAAUAAUGCGGCAGCGGUCAAAGCCCUUGAGCUCUACAAGGUCAAUGCUAAGCUAUGUGACCCCCACCCCUCAAAGAAAGGCACUGCUUCAGCUUACCUGGAGAGCAGCGCUCACAGCAACUCAGCCUGCAGCAACAGGAAGAUGAACCAUAAAGAUGUCAACUCUGUACGGGACAAUUUCAAAGAUGUAAUUUACCUGACAGAGGAGAAAGUGUACGAGAUCCUGGACAUCUGUGGAGAGAAGGAGGAUUACUCGCCUCUGAUCAGGGUAAUAGGUCGGGUGUUCUCUAGCGCUGAGGGCCUGGUGCAGAGCUUCCGGAGGUCCAAACCUCACACCAAAGAGGAACUGAAGUCCCUCCAAGGUAAGGAUGAGGACAAGGACGAGGACGAGAAGGAGGCAGCUGCCUGCUCUGCUACAGCUAUGGAAGAUGACUCCCUUGCCUCUUCGUCAUCCUCGAGACUCGGAGAGGGCUCUUCAGGGGAAAACGAUGUCCAAAAGUUGGCCCCCGACGAGGUGUCGGUGGACAUCGAAGCUGUGCGUCGGGUUUACGAGCGCCUGCUAUCCAAUGAGAAGAUUGAAGCCGCCUUCUUGAAUGCACUGGUCUACCUCUCACCCAACGUAGAGUGCGACCUGACAUACCACAACGUGUAUUCACGAGACCCCAAUUACCUAAACCUGUUUGUUAUAGUAAUGGAAAACAGCAACCUCCACAGCCCAGAGUACCUGGAGAUCGCACUCCCACAGUUCUGCAAGGCCAUGAGCAAACUCCCGCUGGCAGCCCAGGCUAAGCUGGCACGCUUGUGGUCGCACUACAGUGCCGAGCAGAUCCGGCGCAUGGUGGAGACCUUCCAGCAGCUCAUCACCUACAAGGUGAUCAGUAACGAGUUCAACAGCCGCAACCUGGUCAACGAUGAUGAUGCAGUGGUAGCGGCCACCAAGUGCUUGAAGAUCGUCUACUAUGCAAAUGUGCUGGGUGGCGACCUCGACAUGGAGCAUAACGAGGAGGAGGAUGAGGAGCCCAUCCCGGAGUCCAGCGAGCUCACCCUGCAGGAGCUGCUGGGCGAGGAACGGCGGAACAAGAAGGGCCCUCGGGUGGACCCGCUGGAGACGGAGUUGGGAAUCCGCACCAACGAUUGCCGGCGGCCGCUCAUCCCCUUUGAGGAGUUUGUCAAUGAGCCUCUGAACGAGGUGCUGGAGAUGGACAAGGACUACACUUUCUUUAAGGUUGAAACUGAAAACAAGUUCUCCUUCAUGACCUGCCCCUUCAUCCUAAAUGCCGUCACCAAAAACCUGGGCCUGUACUAUGACAACCGCAUCCGCAUGUACAGCGAGCGGCGUAUUACUGUGCUCUACAGUUUGGUGCAGGGUCAGCAGCUCAACCCCUACCUGCGGCUCAAAGUGCGCAGAGACCACAUCAUUGACGAUGCUCUGGUCAGGCUGGAAAUGAUUGCAAUGGAAAAUCCUGCAGACUUGAAGAAGCAGCUGUAUGUGGAGUUUGAAGGAGAGCAAGGUGUUGAUGAAGGAGGUGUUUCCAAAGAGUUUUUUCAGCUGGUGGUGGAGGAAAUUUUCAACCCAGAUAUUGGCAUGUUCACAUACGAUGAGCGCACCAAAUUGUUUUGGUUCAACCCGUCAUCUUUUGAAAAUGAGGGCCAGUACACUCUGAUCGGCAUCGUUCUCGGUCUGGCCAUCUAUAACAACUGUAUCCUGGACGUCCACUUUCCCAUGGUGGUCUACAGGAAGCUUAUGGGCAAGAAAGGAACUUUCAGGGACUUGGCCGAUGCCAACCCGGUUCUGUACCAGAGUCUGAAGGAGCUGCUGGAGUACGAGGGCAGCGUAGAGGAGGAUAUGAUGAUCACUUUCCAGAUUUCCCAGACGGACCUGUUUGGGAACCCACUUAUGUAUGAUUUAAGGGAAAAUGGGGACAAGAUUCCAGUCACAAAUGAAAACAGAAAGGAGUUUGUGGCUCAGUAUGCAGAGUACAUGCUGAACAAAAGCGUGGAGAAGCAGUUCAAAGCAUUCAGGAGAGGCUUCCACAUGGUCACCAACGAGUCACCGCUCAAAUACCUGUUUAGACCAGAAGAGAUCGAGCUCCUCAUCUGUGGAAGCAGGAACCUGGACUUCCUAGCACUUGAAGAAACAACAGAAUAUGAUGGCGGUUACAACAGAGAUUCUCGAAUCAUCAAGGAGUUUUGGGAGACGUUGCACUCGUUCGGUGAGGAGCAGAAGCGUCUCUUCCUGCAGUUCACCACCGGCACUGACAGAGCACCUGUGGGAGGGCUGGGCAAACUGAAGAUGAUCAUUGCCAAGAAUGGCCCUGACACAGACAGGUUACCGACGUCUCACACUUGCUUUAACGUGCUACUGCUGCCCGAGUACAGCAGCAAGGAGAAGCUGAGAGAGAGACUGCUGAAAGCCAUCACCUAUGCCAAAGGGUUUGGCAUGCUUUGAGCCCCUGCUCCAAACACUCAGCAAAAGGGACUCCUUCUCAGAAAGCCCAUCAAACCCUGCCCCGCCCUUCCUUUAUCAAACACAAUCUAAAAGGUGACAAAAGACAGACCAGAGUAUGUUUCGAGGAAAAGCAAGUCAAUAAUGAAAGAGACAUGGUUCCAAUAGAGCGCUCUAGUAGUUCUACUGUGCCUGCAUCAUCCCACAUCAGUCAGUGUAAGCACAGAGACCUCCUGAUCAAAGUACCCACCCCCACAUCCACAUUAUGUGAAUGUGCUGCAGCCUCCCCUUCUCUUUUUUUUGUAUGUACAGAGAGGAUCAUUUUCCUUAUUAUUUAUUUUAAGGCUAAAAUGGGUGAUUUUUCAUGCCUGCCUGUUCCUUCCCUUCUUGUGGAAAGGGGGAGGGGUUAAUAUUAAACUGUAAAUUUAGGACAAUGCAUUAACAAGUCAAUAUAAACCCCAUUUAUGGAACAAAAACGUGUUAGAAUAGCCAUGAACUCUCAUUCACAGAUCGUUAACAGAGGAAAUCUAGUUUUAGAGUAGUCCUGACUACAAAAUAUUGUAUCCCCCCCCACUGAAAAAAAAAGAGCUCUCACUGACCAUUCCACUCACAACCAUCGCUUACUGUUUCUACCAAGUCCAUGUUUGAUCAAGGUAAGCAUUUGGAAAAAUUACUGUCAUUUGGUCCAAAACAGGAUAAUCAAAUAGCUAAUUUUCGGUUUUGUUUUGGGCCUUCUUUUUUUUUUUUUUUUUCCUUUUCUGGGUAAGGGGGGGGGGGCGACACCGCAGGUUAGACUAAAACCUUGUCAGAGCUGUGUAAGUGCACUUAGACAUUUUCAGAAUGUUUGUUUUUUGGCCACAGGUUGCCAUGAUUGAAGCAUUUUAUUUCCAUGUCUUCCUGUGUUGACGAUUCUAAAUAAAAACAGUAUUUAUAUAUCA